GGCAUAGAGAAAGAAUAACUUUAACCAAUAUUUAUUAUGAUAUAGGAAGCUGCGCCAGUGUGCAGUGUGCCUCUUUCUCACUCUCUGUUAUCACUUCUUUGAUUCUCUCCUGCAGACCGCAUCUUCUAAUUUCAGAAACUCCUCCCUCUUCUCAUAAUUCAUAAUGACCAGCACUGCCUCCGUCUCUCACCUCCACAACUCUUUGUGUGAGACAACAGGAACAGGAGCAGCAGAACCUAACCACCAGCAACAUGAUGGGGAAAAUGUGGUCUUAAUGAAAGAUGAAAUCCCAUCUGAUUUCACAUCAGUGAGCUCCUCUGAAGAUGUCAAUGCUGGUUUCACAGAUACAAACGUAUUAGAAACUCAACCUUGUAGUUCAUCAGUCUCAACAUCUGCUGGUCUGCAAAACAAAACAGCCAAUGGUUCAGUAAUGGCAGAAAGUAACCCAAAUCAUUCUGGUUUAGCGAAUCCAAAAAGCUCUGACUUUGCAACUAGGAAUAGCUAUUUGACUAGAACAUUAUUGCAGGCUGCAGCGGAUGUUGAAAGGUUAAAUAAGACUUUGCGUUCUAAUUCUAGAGCAGGCAGUCUUCCAAGGACCUGCAAUAAUGGAAAAUAUUCAUCAGGCACCAACCAAAGAUGCCAUACCUUCUCCCCUUCCAACAAUAGGACAAAUGGCAGCCCUGCUUUCUCCUCUGCCAACUACAGGGCAAAUAGUAUACCAUCUGUAUCUAGUGUGAAUGAUAGGCAUGCCUUACCCCCUGCAAAUAACAGGACAAAUGAGAUAGUAUCUACUGUAAAUGAUAGAUCUUUAUUGUUAGACAAAUCGAGGAGUGAAGAAUAUGAAAUGCCAACGCCACUAACUCGAGGUCCUCGGGGUAGUUACACUGGUUUUCUCCUACAAUCUUCAACUACUAAGAAUGACUUUGCAAUCACAAUAUGCAGAGAUAAAUAUAACCUUCCAGAUUUCCAAACUGAAUAUGAAACUGCUAAAUUUUAUGUCAUUAAAUCUUUCAAUGAAGAUGACAUUCAUAAGAGCAUUAAAUAUGAUGUUUGGACUAGCACCUCAUAUGGAAAUAAGAAGUUGAACGAUGCAUUCCGUAGUGCAGAAGCUAAAUCGAUCCAGACAGGGACAAAGUGUCCAAUCUUCCUGUUCUUCUCGGUGAAUGCUAGCCGGCAGUUUGUUGGAGUAGCUGAGAUGCUUGGACCAGUGGACUUCAACAAAGACAUGAAGUUUUGGAAACUCUACAAAUACAAUGGAUUCUUCCCAAUUAGGUGGCAUAUAAUAAAGGAUGUUCCCAACACUCAAUUUUGUCACAUUCGUAUCAUCGUUGAAAACGAGAACAGGGAUGUAACUUACACUAGGGACACACAAGAGAUUGGACUAAAGCAGGGCCUGGAGAUGCUGAAUAUCUUCAAAAGCUAUUCUGCCAAGACAUCUCUACUAGAUGAUUUUGACUUCUAUGAGAACCGAGAGAAAUUACUUCGUUCAGAUAAAAAAUCCAAGGGUAUUGGAGGAUCAGAACAAUAUCGAAGCAAGCCUAAGUUUACAAUCCCAGGACCGGAAGGAUAUGGAUAUGACAGUUACCAAAAUACUGCCAAAGCAGGAGAGAAGAAAAUAGGAAUGCAAUCAAGUGGUACUAAAGAAGAUAACAUAGUCUCUCUUACAAAGCAACUUUCUCUAAAUUCCUCUGGCAAAUAGCUAGAUUACUAGGAUAACAAAAGAUAGUUUCUUAUUUAUAUCUUCAUUUUUGGUGUAAUAUAAACUUGUUCAAUGUUCAUGAGUAUCUCUGAUUUUGACUAAUUAAAUU